GCUACAAAAGUCGAGUGGUCAUGUUUCUGUGAUAGCCACCUACAUGUAACGCAGAGUGAUUCACGGAAAUAAACGCAAUACAGUACCAGUUUGCCAGGAUGUAAACUAAUAUUUGCACGUAUUUUGUUAAGAUUUGAUAAUUAUCUGUAACAAAUUUUUGUUCCUUUGUCUAUGUGACAUUUAAAUUGUAUAUGUUUCACUUCGGGCAAAGGAAUGCAAACACUGAGGGAAGACACUGUGAGAGACAGCCAUGUGUUCUGUUGUUGAUUGCAAUUAGCCUAGAUACCAUUUUAUCACAGUGGAUACAAUGUUUUGGAUAAAAAGAAUCACAUAAAACUCACUUGUUUUCACAUUAUGUGUGUUGGAAGUCAGGAAGGAUUAUACGGUAUUGUCUUAAAUACCGAUGGAUGUGAACUUAACGAAUAACAGAACACUAGCGAUUUUACCCGCAGACUACAUCCUCUGGCACUUAAAUGAAAAGCUGUUCGAAAAGAAUAAACCUGCUAUAAUUUUCUUACUAAUUAGCAUGGUCGUGGGAACAGUUGGAAAUGGACUUGUGGUUUAUGUAUAUGGAUGGUGUCUACGCCCCAAUUCUUCCAAGAAUAUUUUUAUUACCUGGUUGGCUGUGUUUGAUUUGAUUUCUUGUUGCGUCACAAUUCCAUUUGAGGCCUUUGAUCUACGCUUUCCAAUGUUGUAUGGAGAAAGAACAUUAUGCAAAAUGUCUCGCACGCUGGCAUUUGCUGUUAACAUCACUUCCGGUUUAAUUCUAGUGUUGAUUGCUUUCGACAGACUUCAGAUCACAAGGCCUCCCUAUAAAAGUUACACGAAGAAGAAAACCCGACUGUUGAUUUUAUUAGUGACUGUCAUAUCGUUCGUGGUGUCCAUACCUGCUCUAUUCGUGUUCGGAACGAAAACCAUACCUACUAUAUUUCCGGGUGUGAACGGAAAAGACUGUUCAUAUGACGAUUCGGUGAAAAAUACACAGUUUCCAAUUAUUUAUUAUGUGUUCUUAGCUGUGAUUUUUCUUUCAACGUUUAUAAUUCUUGGUGUCUUGUAUAUAAAAAUUGCAAUUGCAAUAUACGAGUGGAAACAUACUAUUAUAGGAGAUGCCUUGGCAAUGUCUAUUCAAAAUGGACACAAAAUGUCUCGCAGUACUUCUGUUGAUUCUUCCAAAUUUCACGCUGUGAACUCAAAGAAGACCAGCAUUUCAUCAGUUUCUUUAGGAGAAUCAUUUGAUUCAGAAAAUAAGCAAACAAGAAGUCACAACUCCUCCGAUCAUAUGGAAUAUGAGACUCGGACUAAUUCACAAGAUCAAACUCACAACUCUUCCACUCAGCAACAUGAUGUCAACCUCGCAAACUCGGCAAAAAGUACCAAGAGUUCAAUAACAGACUGUACAGAUAAUGGAAAGAGAAAACAAUCAUUAAAAGAGAAAGCAAGUCCCAUUAAAUCAAAUGUUUUAUUUAUUACAAUAACUGCCGUGUUUGUGCUUAGUUAUCUCCCUUUCUUAUUAUUUGAACUAUUAAAAGGAGUUCUGAAAGAGGGAACAUUUAAUGAAACAGCAUUUGAAGUGGUUACAAAAUCUGUGUAUUUAAACAAUCUUGUAAACCCAGUCAUUUACGGAAUUUACAACGAAAAGUAUAGACAGGAAAUUUAUAAUUUGUUCUGUAACCGACAUAAGUUUAGAUCAAACAGAUAUAAUACAAGUUUUAGUAAUUAAUAUUAAUUAUGAUAGUUUUAUUAUGAAUGUCUUGUACAUGAAUAACUUUUGCAACAUCGCAUUUUAAUGCUUAUUGAAUCUGUUUAUCUGUGAUAUUUCCGGAAAGUGUAAGAAGUUUUUAAACACGUUUUACAUUCUCUCCACCAUUGGUUCAUACAUUUAUUUCCCUCGUUAGCUCACGAGUACAGAAUAUAGUGAUACGGACAAGGAAAUGUGCAUUUCUUUUUA